AUGCAUUAUGAAAAUACCUAUACGUUGGAUGAAGUGAUGAUGGUGGUGGACUCGCCCCGUAAUGGAGUCGAGUUCAAAGAUAUGUCUCUGCAACUUCUGAAUACUACAGCUACAAUCAACGUAACCUUUUCUGGCAACAAGCUAAAGGGUGUGCUGGACGAUGCAGAUCAGGGUAAAGUCAAAUAUCGCGUGUUAUUAAACGAUAAACCAUAUUAUCCAGAGGAAGGGGAUUUCACUCAAUUAAUGUCCUCGCCGUUUAAUAUCGAUAUUGGCAUUGACGAGAGGAAAGUUAAUUUUGGUGCCGAAAACACGUUGAAGGUGGAGUUCCAGGAUUACUGGGGCGUCAUCGACUAUUGGGAAACCAAAUUUAUAGGAUCGUAUUCUGGAUUAAUGUUUAUGGAUGAGUCGGGAGACUUUCUGUCCGAUACAUUUGGCGGUAUUUUGAAGCAACUUGAUUACGGUGUGAUCAUCGCUGGACAGACGACAUUAACGAAGAAAGUUAGAAUUAAAAAUCUACUUGGAUAUGCCGUGGAUAAUGUUUAUCUGGAGAUGGAUAAGAAAUUUGAAACCGAUGGUGUAGAAGUCCAAUUAUCCAGACAGGCUGAUCCUUUUCUUCCGAUCGACUAUCUGACAUAUGGUCUAACUCAGCCUGAUGAGAGCAUUGAUUUUUAUAUUCGAAUUGCAACUGAUAUCCAUGCGAAGCCUAACCCUAAUGGUAAUUUUGAGAUGAAGGUCACCGCAGACCGGGUG